ACAAGACUAGAGUCUUUACUGCUGUCUCACCGAUGUUGGUAGUAGGAGAUGAAGAGAGGAGCAUAGACCGUUAAUCUGUGCCCUCGCGUUUUUGUUGAUUUUCGCGCAUUUAAUUUUCCGUCUCUAUUCAGCGCACACUCUAUCUCUCGUGUGCGUUGAGCGUAUUUUGUUUCGUCGCAUGCGCAUGCUGUGCGUACACGAGGAGCGCACUUUUUUAAUAUAUACAGUUUGAACGUUGUAUCUAUUUGAUAAGUUUCAACAUGAAGAAGUACGAAAUCUUGAGACAGAUCGGAGAGGGAUCUUUCGGGCAGGUGUAUAAAGCUAAGAAGCGGUCGGACGGCGAGGUUGUGGCCUUCAAAAUAAUACGCAAGCGCGGCAGGUCAUUUAAAGAGCUGAAGAGCUUGCGGCAGGAGUGCGAGAUUCAACGUCAUUUGCACCAUCCAAAUAUCGUGCAAAUGAUAGACUCGUUUGAGACGGACAAUGAGAUCGUGGUUAUAACAGAGUAUGCGGAUAAGGAACUUUAUGAGAUCCUGGAUAAGGAGGGCAGACUGUCCGAGGAAAGAGCGCAAGUGAUAGCUUGCGAUCUCGUGUCCGCUCUUUAUUACUUGCACUCCAACCGAGUGCUGCACAGAGACCUCAAGCCACAAAAUGUUCUUCUGGAGGCGAAUGGCGUGGCCAAGCUGUGUGAUUUUGGAUUUGCUCGUAGUAUGAGCACUGGUACUCACGUACUUACAUCGAUCAAAGGUACACCAUUGUACAUGGCACCAGAACUCAUAGAGGAAUGUCCUUAUGAUCACAAUGCCGACUUGUGGUCCUUAGGUUGUAUAAUUUACGAAUUGGUGGUAGGCUCUCCUCCGUUCCAAACGACUUCGAUCCUGCACUUGGUUAAAUUGAUCAGAUUCGAAGCGAUAAAGUGGCCAGAUUUCAUCUCGUCAAAUUGCAAGAGCUUCUUGCAGGGAUUACUUCAGAAAGAUCCGUCCCAGCGAUUAACUUGGCCGGCUCUCCUCGAACAUCCGUUCGUCAAGGAUCGGAUUAUAAUAGUCGGUGGUACUGUGCCCACUCCGUUCACAACUCCGUUAUCCGCGAGUCAAGCGAGAGCAAAACAGCAGCAGUUACAGAGCCUGGCAAUACGCUCUGCGAAUCAGUCCAAAUUUGUGGAGAGAGCGGUUCAAAAGAUGCAGGAGCAAGAGGGCAAGUACCGUCAGCGAACGUGCCUGUCGCAACCAGGUUACCCAAUUUCUCCCGCUUAUUGUCAGUAUGGGAUAAACCACUGUCAGGCAUUACGUCGUAGUGAACCAAGCGGCACUGAUUCCAGCGCCAGCGUAGAUGUUCUGUUGGGAAAUCUCAGCCUCAGGGCAUCUCUGAGAAGCGAUCUCUUAGCUGCCGAUCACGCGAUAUGUCAGAGCGACUGCCCGCACAACGCGAACGUGCAGCAGAAUUUGCAGCCGACCGAGGGUUGUUACCCUAAAUCUAUUCAACAGCAAACGGCUGAUAAUUACUCGGGGCCACAAGUAGACCCGGAGACGCAUCACGCUAAUGCCCAGGGCGACGGGGUUAACGUGGGUCAUCAACAUGCAGAAAAAUGCUCCUCACACGUGGACCAGACGCACGGGGAUGGUGAUUGCAAGCAGAGCAGCUUGAGCAUCGACUAUGAGCAAGAGUUUGGCGAGAGAAACUCGAAGAAGCACGCAAGACUGCCAGACUGGGAUCCGAAAGCGGUGGAGAGGCCGAUCGAGAACGAAGAGUGGGUCGCGUUUCUGCAGAGCUCGAUGGAAGAGAUAAUGGAAGGCGAGGUUGACUCGAUGCUGCAACAAAACUGCGUCUCCGUCUUCGUUUCUCCUCUGAGAAAUUCGGCAGCCAGUUCUCGAGUCGUCGAGUACGUAGCUUGUCUAUUGUCGUUGCCGUUCACCGUGCCGGUCAGUAAGGAGAACCUCGGCAAGAUCAAGCAGGUUUACCUGGACGUGAGAGUAGUACCGAAUCUCGUUUACGCGAUAAAACUGCUGAUGUCGGAACGUUCCGAAAGUGAGUCAAACACGGAAACGAGACCGGCAUCCUCCCUGUCCGCGGACGAGCUGCAGGCUCUCGAAUAUUCGAUGCUGGUCCUUUGUAGAUUGGUUCACGAGCAAGACCAAUUUCUCAUGCAGUUUUGCGACGCCGUUUACAUCGUGAACGGAAUGCCACUUCUGCAGCAACUGCUAACCUUGGAAAAGAGGAAGGCGAGAGUCGUUGCGGAUCUCGUUGCGAUUUUGAAUAACAUACUACGGUCUCAGCCAGAGUACGCUGAGCUGGUGGAGGCAGUCGUGCUGCGUACGAAAGAGCCAGGAGCUUCAGUGGAACAAUUCAAGAAGCUCCUUAAUCAUCAACGAACCAACUUGCGAGCAAGAACGUGCACAAUGGUCAGGCUGUUGGGUAGAUUUUGCUGCAGAGCGUUGCAGCAAGUGUGGGAUAGCUCAUUGAGGAAUCACAUUGAGGAUUUAAUGGAGGACGAGGAUGAGUUUGUGCGAAACAAGAUUACGACUUAAACAUAACGCAGUGAUAAAAUAAUGAAGAUUUAAAGAGUAAACGUAAUAAAAUUUUGCUUAUCAGCAAAGAGAUAAUUUCUCUUAGUAGAAAAAGGUAUCGCUAUAUCCAGGAAAGAAAGAGUAAAGGUCGAAAAUGGGUAAAAAAUUAAAAAUAUGUCCUCAAAACUUGCGAGAAAAUGCACGUAGGAUUAAAAAUGCCGUACACGCAAAUGUAACUCUGUUUAAAUAAAUGUCAUUUCAGGCCGCCAAGGAUGCCGUAACUGAAUUGAAACAACUGACGUAUUACAAUUAGUAGAAAAAUCCUGCCAAUUGAUGUUAUUUUAUUGUAGGACGAAACGAGGAGAAUAAUUUUAGGGAUCAAACUCGACUCUUGUCAUCCAUUGACGUGCCUUAUUGAUCGCCUUGAGGUCAUGAGUUUAAAUGUUUUAUUUUUAGACAGACUGAUAAUUUUACUGUGACACGAAUUUUGAAAUAUUGUGAUAUUUUUAUAAGUCGCGCCAAGUGUAAUAAACAAAUUUGUAUCUAUAUAGGCAUAAACACGAUAAUCGCUUACAGAA